AUGUCUUACAACCAACAGCCGGGUCCACUGUACGGGGGCAAUCCCCAGUUUGCCAACGGAAACCAGCAAUACUACCAGAACAACCAGUAUUCGCAGAACCAGCAGUAUGACCAGAAUAAUCAAAACAACCAGUACCAGCAAUAUCAACAGAAUCAAGAUCAUAAUGGGAAUUACGAAGCACAAAGUGGACAGCCAUACGAUGAAAAGCCAUACCAUUCGGAGAAUUUUGAUGACGCCUUCAAGGUCGAAAAGCCCCGCUUCAAUGAUGUUCCCUUUGCCAUUUUCUUCCUUUUGGUGGUUGGAGGGUUCUGUGCGGUGGCCGGAAUCACUUUACAUGCCUUGUCGUCUACCUGGAGCUUCCAAGGAGGCUCAAUCUACUCUAGCAGCAACACUUUUACCUUGAACUCAAACACCGCCGUGCUUUUUGGCUUUGUGGUUGUGGUGUCUGUUGUUCUCUCUAUUCUCAUCCUCGUGUUCGCAAGAUGCGCAGCCAAAUUGUUCAUCACUACUGGCCUUAUUCUUAAUGUCAUUCUCGGCUUAGGAACUGCCAUUUUCUACUUUGCAAAGCGUUACUACUCUGCUGCAGUUGUGUUUUUGGUGUUUACUCUUAUUUCGGCCCUCAUGUAUUGGCGAUCCAGACUGCGUAUUCCAUUCAGUGCCAAUGUGUUGGAGAUCACAAUUGAUGUGAUGAAACGGUAUAAAUCUACACUUGUGGUGUCGUUCUUAGGUGUUGUCAUUCUGGGUGCCUUUUCGGCUCUCUUUUCGAUGGUCAUUGUGGGUACUUAUGUCAAAUUCUCACCUAAUGAGAAUAACCCUGGCUGUAGUGCCUCUGGUGGUUCGUGUUCUCAGCUGAAAUUGAUCGGUGUCCUUGUAUUCGUGUUCUUCGCUGGAUACUUUAUCACCGAAGUCAUCAAGAAUGUCAUCCAUGCCACUAUUUCUGGAGUUUAUGGAACUUGGUACUACUUGUCGGGUUCUGACCAGGGAGAGCCAAAGCAUCCAGCCUUGGGUGCGUUCAAGCGUGCUAUGACUUACAGUUUUGGUUCCAUCUGUGAGGGUUCUUUAAUUGUGUCAAUUCUCCAGUUAAUCAGAGCAUUAGUUCGUAUCUUGCGCAGUAAUGCCUUGGGAGAUAACGAGCUUUGUGCAGCAUGUGGAUACUUGAUCUUGGACUGGAUUCUCGGCUUCAUCGAGUGGUUGGUCCAAUACUUCAAUCACUACGCCUAUAUCUACAUUGCACUUUACGGAAAGAAAUACACCAAAGCUGCCAGAGAAGUCGUGCAACUUCUUCGUUUCAAAGGAAUGGAUGCUUUGAUCAAUGACUGUUUUAUCAACACCUCUGUGAACUUAUACUCGAUGUUUGUGGCAUACGUGGUGUCGCUCUUGACCUACUUGUACUUGUGGCAGACGGCUCCUGCUUACAACAGCAGUGGAAAUUACUAUGCACCAUUGAUUGCGUUCAGUUUCGUUGUCUCCGGCCAGAUCAGUAGAGUUUCGUUGACGGUAAUCGAGUCAGGAGUGUCUACUUUCUUUGUUGCUUUGGCAAAGGACCCUGAGGUUUUCCAAAUGACGAACAGAGAUCGUUUCGAUGAAAUCUUCCGUAACUACCCUCAAGUGUUGAACAAGUUGGUGUCCAACUAA